AUGGUCAUUCAUGAAGAAACAAAUUCUGCAGGGGAUGUGGCAAUCAAGGUUUUUUCAGACAGACUUGCCCUGAACUGCCCUUGUAAUUGCUGCACCGCUGAGGGCCAUUCCAGCAGUAAAUGUCCUAAACCUCAAAAGCUCUGGUGCGAAGAUUGCAAAAGCAAGGUCACAGAACUGGCGACAAGCGCUUUUGCCCUCUUCAAACGAGAGUCCACGCUAUCGGUCAUCUUUCAGCAAACCAUGAGCCUACAAGAUUCGAGCAUCAAAGGCAAGAGUCAGACGAGCCCUCUAUCAUUGACAAACAGUCACGAGUUCAGCAAGAAGAUAGACAGAGCCAAGCCGAACUCGAGUACGAGAGUAUCGGAUGUACUUGUGGAAAUUUUCCCGACCUUGAAGGAAUCACCCGUCCUUCGUGAGACAAGCAAGCCAGAUUUGAGGUACUUCAAGAACUACAUCGACAAGUUUGACGAUCCUGACGAUCUCUGCAUCGCUCUCUUGGACUGCGUUGAUCCGAAAAUUCGGGGGCUAGAAGACAAAGCAGUAACCCCCGGACUGCUAGAGAAUAUUCGCUGUCAAAAAGCAGAUGGAGAGAUCUUUGAUGGUAUUGGAGGAUAUUUCGAUUCCCUAACCGAUGAUCGAGAAGACAAUUAUUGUCGCCUUUAUGUUGAACAGUCAACCAACGGACACUAUUCAAUACUCGGCAUGCUCGAGAUGAUCAUGGCGCUGGCAUUCAGGUCACUUCCGGAGGAACUUUUAGCAGAAUACUCCCCCAACUCCAGGCGCCCAGCCAAAAGACAAAUGGUACACUUGAAUGUAUUAUGUCCUUUCGAACAAGAAGCUUGGCAGAACAAGGACAAGAGAGGUGGUGGUCGGGCGAAAUUGCCAAAAUUCUCCGACCCAGGGAUACAAAGUUGGCCGAAUUUUCGGAGCAAGCAGGUCGGCCCGAUUGUCUCAAGACCCUCAGGGGUACCUUCUUUUAGAGAGUAUUUGCCGGCUUUCAAUCAGGCCAUCCGCGAGUUGUUUCCAUUAAUUGCUGAUCCUAAUGAAAAAGAGAGUAGCGUUCAAGUCAAGAGGCAGACGGUGACUACAAGCAAUCUGAGAGAACAAUUCGAAUUUCAUGCUCAAGAUAUCCGCGAAGACCUGGGCCUAAACUUCUCUCUAGACCUUCCGCCUGGGUCUCUGGGCAGCGAAAUCGCCAUACAUGAGAACCGGGGCGCUCUAGGUCAGAUCUUCGAUGCCGUUCGAGCAGAAAAGCAGGGCAACGCGAUUAGGAUUGCCACGCUUGGACACUUUCUCAGGCAAUGGUUGUUUCAACUGGGGUUUGAAAAUGACACUGAGAUCGAACAACUUGCGAAAGUCGGCGGUACAACUACCGGAGGGGCUAUUCACAUGCUGAUAUGUGGGUUAAGAUAUCGGAGGCCCGGAAAAUCGUCUGAAAAACGAGGUAUCAAAGCUGCUGCUAGGUCUAGGAACAGGGGGGCGGUGUUCGGCAGAGAGUAUGAGAGCGAACAGCCCUUGAAACAGAGGCUGAGUGGGAAAGGCAAGGAUAUUGAAAAAGAAGUAGACACCCACGUCGAAGAUCCAGACUUGGAGGCACCAGGGACCUUCGAAAUUGCACAUGAGGAAGAAGUGCUUAAGAUGCUCGAAGACGGAGAUUGCUCCGGCCAAGGCAAUGUGAGUGAAGUGGAGGAGAUCGAUCCAGUCAACACUGAAUUGGAACCUGACGAGCCACUGGACGAGGAAGUGCGUUUGGAAAUGAGCAUUCGACCGUCACCUUAA